UUAUCAGACCGACCAAUGGCCUGCGAGCGUCCGCAGCGGCCAACCAGAGCGCGCCGGGCGGCUAGGCUCGCCAGCCAGCCAGCCAGUGUGUCGAGGGAGCAGAGGCCAGCGGACAUGGCGAGGAUGAGGUCUGUGUUGUUUCUCGCGCUGCUCUUCGUCGCUUCGUGCCACCUCUCCCCAGCAGCCAGUGCUGGUGCAGUGAGGAUAAAACGCGGGACCUGUGACAACAGCAUCGACGAGAUGAACAGGCUGGCAUGCAACGCCUACUGCGUGGCCCAGCUCAACGGCUACUCUGGGGGCAAGUGCUUCCUUGGCACCUGCAUCUGCUACAAGUAGACAUCUUCUCCCUCUGUGGACUAACAAACAACUGUCGCUAUCAUCAUGCCCAUACGUUGUAAUGUUGCUUUUGUAACUGUACUUGUAGCCAUCAGUCCCAAGAGUGGGGUGAUGUUGUAGUGGCAGAUAUACAGUGUAUAGCUUGCAAAUUAGUAACAAAUAAAUAACAACAAAUACUUAGAACAAAA